CAGCUGUAGUGUGCAGUAACGCAAGUAACUGUUGAGAAGAUGAUUCGCUCAAUAACCCUAGUUUUUGCCGUGCUAAUUGUAGUACAAGGGUCAAUCCUACCCGAGAACAAGGAACUACUCCCCAGACCACGUUACGACCCAAAUCUUCAUUCGGUAGAUGAACACGGUAAGAUUGUAGGUGGAUUUGCCAUCAACAUAACGGAUGCUCCCCACCAAGUAUCACUGCAGUCCCGUGGAAGACACAUCUGUGGCGGAUCAAUCAUUGCCAACCAAUGGGUUCUAACGGCAGCUCAUUGUACGGACGGAGCUAGCGCAAGUAACCUGAAGGUACGGGUUGGUUCUUCCAGACAUGCAUCGGAAGGACGUCUGAUAGACAUCAACCGCAUUGUUCAGCAUCCAAAUUAUAACAGCGACUCGAUUGACUACGACUAUUCCUUACUGAAUCUGAAGGAAGUUAUUGAAUUUGGAAGCAAUGCGAAACCAAUUGCAUUACCCAAACAAGGCGAAGCAGUGAAAGACAAUACCCGUUGCACGAUUUCCGGUUGGGGCAAUACUCAGAGUUCUGCCGAGUCGAAUGCCGUUCUACGGGCCGCGUAUGUACCAGCCGUCAACCAACAGCGCUGCAAUAAAGCUUACGAGAUUUACGGUGGAGUAACGGAUCGUAUGAUUUGUGCUGGAUUGCGUCAAGGCGGCAGAGAUUCUUGCCAGGGAGAUUCCGGUGGUCCAAUGGUCGCCAACAAAAAACUAGUUGGUGUUGUCUCGUGGGGUUUGGGAUGUGCUCGCCCGAACUAUCCUGGCGUAUAUUCACGAGUGGCCGUAGUACGUGAAUGGAUUCGAGAAAACGCCGGAGUCUGAGCUGGUUCAAUAACAAAUUCUGCUACGAACGAAGGGCACUACGACCAAAUGAGUCGAUCAUGGGUUAGGCUUCAGUAAAAUAAAGUCUACUCGUAAAUCACUGGCAAA